AUGCACCGACAGUUCGGCGCCCAGAUCAAAAAGUUCCUCACCGACAACGGGAGAGAAUAUUUGCCCAUUGGAACACAUCUCGAAUCCCAGGGAGUCGAGUUUGACACCUCGCCGCCAUACUGCAAAGGGCAGAAUGGUUUGGCCGAACGCACCAAUCGCACUAUCCGGGAGCGGAUCAACACGCUCCUGUCCGAUGCGAACCUUCCUCCUUCCUGGUGGAUCGAGGUUGUAGACACCGUGGUCUACUUGAAGCUGCGUGCCCCAGCUUCGAUCUUACAGAAAAAGACGCCGUUUGAAAUUUUAUAUGGGAAACCGCCCUCGCUAUUGCAUCUGCGACGGGUCGGCCUUAAUUCCCAAAGAGCACCGAGCAAAACUCGGACCGAGAUCAUCCGAGUGCCGACUGCUAGGCUAUUGUGA